AUGAGCUCCUUUAAGCGUGAUAAGAAGGAAGACGAAGACGGCGGCUGCUUUUCAUACCAGAAUUUGGAUAAAACCAUCGUAUUGCAAGAAUCGAGAUAUUUCAACGAGACGCCGGUGAAUCCACGGAAAUGUACGCAAAUUCUAACAAAAAUACUCUUCCUUCUCAACCAAGGAGAGCAAUUCUCUACUCAGGAAGCUACAGAGGCUUUUUUCGCUAUCACCAAGCUUUUCCAAUCCAAUGAUGUUAUUUUACGUCGUAUGGUGUACCUCUGCAUCAAGGAAUUGAGUAAAUUAGCUCAGGAUGUGAUUAUAGUAACAUCUUCUUUAACUAAAGAUAUGACGGGCAAAGAGGAUCUGUAUAGGGCUGCAGCUAUUCGAGCUCUUUGCAGUGUUACCGAUAGCACCAUGAUUCAAGCUAUUGAAAGAUAUAUGAAACAAGCUAUCGUUGAUAAAAAUCCUGCUGUUAGUUCAGCGGCUCUUGUGUCGUCUUUGCAUUUAUCAUCAACUGCACCGGAUUUGGUGAAGAGAUGGACUAGCGAGGCACAGGAAGCGUUGAACAGUGAAAGGUCGCUCGUAUCAUACCAUGCACUCGGAAUACUUGUGAAUACUCGUAGAAAUGACAAAUUGUCAACCAUGAAGCUAGUGACUCAUCUCACUAAAUCCUCAAUAAAAUCACCGUACACCCUGUGCUUGUUGAUUCGUCUCGCUGCUCAACUUGUUGAAGAUGAUGCUUCUGAGACAUCUCAAGCCUACAUCGAGUUCAUUGAUGGCUGUCUUCGGCAUAAAUCAGAAAUGGUGAUAUAUGAAGCUGCUCACGCGAUUGUCAACUUGCGUAAAACAGCACGAGAUUUAGCUCCGGCUGUGUCAGUGUUGCAGCUGUUCUGUGGCUCCUCGAAAGCGACGUUGAGACUCGCCGGAGCUAGAACCCUCGCUAAACUGACGACUAAGCACCCAGCCGCAGUAUCUGCUUGUACAAUCGACCUGGAAAAUCUAAUUUCUGAUCCAAACAGAUCAGUUGCCACUCUAGCAGUCACUACUCUGCUUGCUACAGGCGCUGAGAGCUCCAUCGAUCGUCUAAUGAAGCAGAUUUCUAGCUUCGUUUCUGAAAUCUCAGAUGAAUUUAAAAUCAUCGUGGUCAAAGCCAUAAAACGACUCUGCCUCAAGUUCCCGAGGAAGCACCAAUCGCUGGCUACAUUUUUGGCCGGCAUGCUGCGUGAUGAAGGUGGCUUGGAUUAUAAAGCGGCCAUCGCUGACGCAAUCAUCGCUCUUGUGGAGGAAAACCCCGACGCUAAGGAGACAGGAUUGGCUCAUUUAUGCGAAUUUAUCGAAGAUUGUGAGCACCAAGUCCUGUCAGUUCGGAUUUUGCAUUUACUGGGACGUGAAGGCCCUAAAACUCGUCAUCCUACAAGAUACAUAAGAUUCAUCUACAAUAGAGUCAUCUUGGAGACAGGGCCGGUCAGGGCGGCGGCUGUAUCUGCUGUGGCACAAUUCGGAGCCCACAUUCCUGAACUCCUGCCGAAUAUAAGAGUUCUGCUGAGCCGCUGCGAAACCGACGAAGAGGACGAAGUGAGGGACCGCGCGAUAUUCUUCAACGCGAUCUUCAAUUCGGGUGACGAGAAACUCAUAAGAGAUUACAUCACACACGUACCGAGACCGGACCCGAAACUGUUGGAGAAAGCGCUCCACGAUCACGCGAAGAACAGACCGAACGAACCCUUCGAUAUACUGAGCGUUCCGGAGAUGGAGAAACAGAAGAAAGAAGAAGUAAUAGAGAUUGAAGUGAAGCAACCGAAACAGAUUACACUAGAGGAGAUAGACACCCAGCAGCUAGCCAAGAUACCGGGAGUCGAGAAAUUGGGGACUAUCUUCAAAACAAACAACCCAGUCGACCUCACUGAAGAAGACACAGAAUUCCAAGUCCGUCUGAUCAAACACAUCUACGUCCGUCACGUAGUGCUACAGUUUGAAUGCACGAGCACUAUAAACUUUCAAGUCUUCGAAAAUGUGACCGUAAAAUUGGAUCUGCCGAACGAAUUCGAAGUGAAGAACAUGGUGCCCAUCAAGUCAUUGGCUUUCAACAGACCGGAGAGCAUUUUCGUGAUCGUUGAGUUCCCCUGCUCGUUUUUGGACAGCAUGAACCCUUUCGGCGCUGUUCUUGAGUUUGUAACACGCGAAUGUCACCCUAUAACAUGUAUACCAAAUCCCGGGCCAGGGUUCAUUGACACUUAUCCCAUAGAAGAUUUCUAUAUAAGCUGCGCCGAUCAAAUACGCACCCGAGUAACCGGCGAUGAUUGGGAACAGACUUGGGAGAGUGCUUUUAAUGUCAUCGAGAUAUCAGAUACUUUCUCACUCCCUCAGCGCGACGCUGCCGCCGCUGCUAAGUCGGUUUGCGAAUACCUGGGUCUUCCGAAAGGUUCUAUCAAUGGGGACGCGAUUAAGGAGAUUCGGGGCGCUGGUAUAUUUAGGGGCGGAGCGCCAUUUUUGGUCAGGGCUCGCAUAGCGCCCACGAGCGCGGGAACAGCUACAAUGCUAAUCGCAGCACGAUCACCGAGAGAAGACGUAGCACAACUACUAUUAAACGCUGUCGGUUAA